AGUCUCCCAAGCUAUGGAAGACGUGAUAUCAACGAAGUUGAAUUCCGCGCCGAGCGUGAAUUCCGCUAUCAUUUCGAUGGACAUCUUUCCACUGCUUUACCCAUUUCUGAAUCUCAGAAAGCUAUUACUCGUAUCCAAUCCCUCGUCUCUAUCCAACCCGAAUCCGGAUCAUGGUUCCGCAUGCAAUUGAGAAACCUCCGUUGGGCUACCAGCCAGGAACAACUUGACUCCCUCAGAAUUCAACCAUUCGAGGAGAUGGAACAA